AGCAAAGGAGGGAGUGAACUAGCCAGCCAGCCAGCCAGCCAGCCAGCAUCUCUUGCCAGGGGGGCUUCUCGCUGCUGCCCGGGAGCCCAGCAGAGUUCUCCCUGGAAAAGGAAAAGCAGUCAAUCGGUAGACAAGAUCAGCAUCCGCCACGGUCCAAGCCCGUCGGAGAGAGACAGCAAGCAGCAUGUCCUUCAACCGAAAGAACUGGUCCGCGCUGUCCAGCCUGGCUCAACAAUGGUCUGUUGAGGAUGGAGAAGAGCAGGAGAGAGAGCGCAGGCGAAGACAUAGGCAACUGAGUUCCACCUCUGAAACAAAGGAGGAGGAACCCUCCAGCACAGCACAGAAUAUGACCCGUCAGACAUCAAACAGGGUUGAUAAUUCCUUAGAGGCAAAGCUGCUUAACUUGGAAAAUGCAGCACUGAAAAAUGAGAAGACUGAACCAGUUUCAAUAAAUAAACUGGAAGGCAGGAGAGUGAGGAGGAGAGCAGAGUUUUUAAAUAAUAUAAAACAAGAGAAGAAAAUACUAGUGAGUACUAAGAAAUUUGAAAAGGAACCUCCUGAAGAGAAUCCUACAUCUCCUCCAGAAUCAUCCAAAGAAGAGGGAAGAGCAGAAAAAUGUGAAACCCUAACUCAGCAAAAGGAAGAAGAAGAAAGCCAUCAAAUCCAGAGUCAGAAAAAAGAGGAGAUCAUACUGGAGCAACAUGAAGCCUUGAAGCAUGAGAAGGACCUCAAAACGGAUGAGGAUCAGGUCUUCAGCGAGGAGGAGAAGGUCCCGAGCAUAUGUGAAUCUCAGAGACUGGCUGUGACCCAGAAUGAGGUGGCUUCCCAGGAGCCUCAACGAAUUUUUUGCGAACGCAAAAGCAUCAGCCGGCUUGAGGUGAAAAUUCAGCCAAGAGCUAGAAAGUUUACUGAUCCUGCUGUAGCCACACCUGCUUCUGAGGCACCACAGGUCGCCGAAAAAACUAUUCCCAAAUCAAAUGCUAAAACUAUAAGGUCUCCCUCUGGUCAAGAAGGUUUUGAUGCCCCUAUAUUAAUUUCUGAACCGCGGAUUACCUAUAGUAGCUCAUUCAAUCGUAUCAGUCCAAGGACUAUUUCAUUCCGGGUUGUUCCCAGGAAAGAAAGGCAAGAAGAUGUAUUAAGCAGAAGUGCCAGUAUGAGGCUUCCAGCAAGCACAGUCAAACUUGAGGAGAAGCUAGAGAGAUAUACAUCUGCUGUCCAGAGGGCAGGAUCCAUUAAAGUGUCUUCACCUAUUCGGAGAAACUUCCAACCAGCUUCAGAGGGUGUGGCCAGCAAACGUAGCAUCUUUGAAGCCACUAUUCCUGUUCAGAGUGAGCCUCCCACUCUUGUCCGUAAGGAAAGUUUGAGGAUCCCAGGAGGAGUCUCAUCCCGAAUAAAUCUCUGGAUAAGUCGAACUCAGGAAUCCAAAAAGAAUGAAGGAGACAAGGACAUUCAGAGAACUGGGAACACCAUACAGGGGAGUUAGUUGGAAAACUGAUCUGAUGGUUUGUGAAGGAAAUCCAAGAUGUAACCAGACAAGCUACUCUCAGGAAAAUGUACCUCCAUUGAAACAAAAGGCAUGCAUCUCUUGGAAUUCUAGAAUAUCCCUCAGUUUAUUGUUCUACACUUCUAUAGAACUGACCACCUAGCAAAGAUAUCUAUCAGCCAACAAUGCCUACCGUGCCUUUUAUUGAAUGGGGCUCUUGAUGACUUAAAUGAUUUGAUGGAUGGGAAAACUGACCUAUGAUAGAAAAACUAUAUUUCUAUAAUCCAUUUUUAUCUUUUUAUUGAUAUAUCAUCCAUCCUCAUCAUCCAAAAUUAAGUUCUAUUAGCAAAUAUGAAAUACAUAUGGCUUCUUUACUGGAUUAUAUUUCAGCUAUGUUUCCACCAUGAUGAAUACUUUAAGUUUGCACCAAGCAAUUGCAAUUGUUGCCUAAACGUAGCUUUGCCUGUUCUUGCUGAUCUUAUUAUUAUCUAAUUAUGUUAGUUGAAUAAAAGAGGGAUGUUUUAAUGGGGAAAUUGUGCUUAACCCUAAACUGGUUAGAGCCAUCAAGAGGUUUGAAGCAGAAAUGCUUUACCUGAAUGCUGUAAGUAGUAGAAACUUACCUGAAUGCUGUAAUUUGCGUAUUGUGUGGAAAAAGAAGGGUGCAAUGUGCCUGAAUAUAUGGAUAAACUUGUUUUGGAAAAACCAUGAAAAAAAUAAUGUUCUUCCCUCCCUAAAAAAUUGCCAAGGAGUUAUUUUGUAUAGUAAAAUGCAUUCUAUAUUUAAAGAAUAUUUUUAUAAUAUAUAUUUCUGUUUCAGCUCAGUCCUAGCUAUUACUGAAACUCAGUAAGACUAAUGGAAGAAUUUUCAUGUUUUCAACAAGAUUUGCCAAUCUAUAUACAUCUAUUUAGGUCUACUGCAUUCAAAAGGUCUUAUCCCUAGGUAAAUGUACAAUGGAUUGCAACUAAUGUCAUGGCUAAUUUUAACUGAAUCAGGGCUAUGGGUUGACUCCUGUCCUACCUAUUAGCAUGCCAUAAUUAAACAACUUAGAAGUCACCCAUACACACAUAUUACUUAAAUUCAGUAGCGGGGAUUGAAUUUGACUUUCACUUUUCAUAAUAAACAUCAUAAUAAAUAACAUUUGUUUCAAUAUA